AUGCCGGUCCAAUGUGCUCAUUGCCUUAUUCUUUUCUUCAGCCUGGUAAACGUCUUGGAAGCCCUCUUGAUCGGCUUGAACAGCCCUUGGAUCAAUCAAGUCAUAGUAUACGUCAAGCUUACGAUGGGGGGUCCUCUGCAUGUCAAUGGUCACCAAGCGAUAUAUCGUGAAUCGAUCAAGACAAUCAACAAACCAGUUAUUCCCGAGAGACUUUACGACGCCGCUGCUAUUCUCCAGACCGUGAAGGAGGACAUCGGUGGAUACAAUAAAGACAGUUCGAUAGUAGCGCUUCCGCCUACAGGACUAUUGCCUUCGCGACGGUUCCCAUGGGACUCGACGAAGCACAUAUACGCUCUCUCUGGUUAUCAUAGCUUGCAUAGUGUGCAAAAUAUCUAUCAGACUCUACUCAAGCUUUCCGGCGAUGAACCGCUUAGUGGUCAUGCACUUCACUCCCUCGUAGUCCUCUGGGAGGACAGUCUUUGCACAGCCGACAUGACGCCUCGAUCCGUCGCCGACAACCUGUUGUUUAAUAACACUGCUGUAGCAGAAGCCGGACAGAUGCGGGACUCGCCUUACCAAGAAAAGCGCAAGGAGCAAAGGGUGUAG